GAAAGCACUGCGACGUCACCAACCUACAACAAACCCUCGCGUAGUGAAUCGCAGUCAUGUCAGGAGGUGACAGCCACAGUCGUGGUCAGAAGCGCAAGCUCGACCAACAGGAUGGAAUGGAGCUACUAGGCACUGGCGCAACACUCGCACGCCUGAAUGGCGACGGCGACAGCAACCAAUACGCGGAUCCACCUGCGAUGCUUCAGGGCGGUACCAGCGACGAUGGCGGCGAGUGGACGACGGUCGACCGCAGCUCGAAACGCCACAAGAGGAGCAUACAGCAGAACUACCCUCAAAUCACACAUGCGCCGAACGCACGCCUUCAAUCAUUCGUCAAAAUCUCCGACCUUCAGAACCUUGUGCUCUAUCUGCUCGCUGAUGGCAGUGGCCCACAAUGGAUCAGCGUACGCCAUAAGAAAGAUAUCGAGCGUGUCGUUUGCCUAAUGGUCCCUGGCCUCGAAGCUGAUAUGUUCAACGCCAACAUCUCUCUGGACCCUCAGCAAACGAGUGCUGCAGUCGUGCCUGAAGCCAAGUCGGAAAAUGCAGAGACACCGCCUUCGAAGAAGCUCAAAAUUACCAUCUCGCCAGAUGACUACUACCCGGUUAAGCUCGUGUCGCCUAAACUACCCACGCCUCUUCAACCAUUCGCUGAGAUGUUCCCGCAUAUUUGGCCUGUCAAGACACCUGGAGAAUUCAACCGCAUGCACUCACCGCUACAAGCUCUGUUGACAUCGCCUCUACCCAAGGCAAAGGAUGAGAAAAAGAUCAAGGGCCCCAAGCCCCCAAGAGAAGGAGCGAAAUGGCAGAAUCAGAGGACACCCAUCACCGAGUUCCUGGCAACCAGAGAGGAGCUCACGGAUAAUGGAUACGCUAUCCAUCCCGCAUACUUGCGUACAGAAGCCGAGCGUGCGGCAGAGAAGGCCAGGCGCCACAAGCAUUGUCAAUCAGAAGAGGAUGGCUGGAUCAACCUGCCUGACAUCUCAACCCUCGAUGAGGGCAUCGUUCCGUCGGAUGAUAUCGAACAGGGCAGCAUUCUUCAGGGUCGUAAGGUUUUGACUGUUGAUUGUGAGAUGAUCACUACGUCGGUAGAGAGAUUCGCUCUUGCUCGUGUGUCAUUCAUCGAUUGGGAUGGCAAUGUUGUGCUUGAUGAGCUCGUCAAGCCUCCGGGCACUGUUACUGACUAUCUGACACAAUAUUCUGGCAUCACCAAGGAGAUGAUGGAAGGAGUGACUCAAACCCUCGAGGAACUGCAGGCUAAACUGAAAGACGUCCUUACGCCACGCACGAUUCUACUUGGUCACUCUCUCGACUCUGAUCUCCGCGCCCUUCGCAUGUCUUUCCCAUUCAUCGUCGAUACCACACUUAUAUACCCUCACCCCAAGGGUCCUCCCCAAAAGUCAUCGCUCAAGUGGCUCACCCAGAAGUACCUCUCUCGCGAGAUUCAGAACCGCGGUCCUCAAGGUCACGACAGUGUCGAAGACGCCAAAGCUUGUCUUGAUCUUGUUAAGCAGAAGUGCGAAAAGGGCAAGAUGUGGGGAACCUCCGAAGCUACAAGCGAGAGCAUCUUCAAGCGCCUGAGCCGUGCCGGUCUCGAAGAAGAUAGAGAUGAGGGCGGCAUGCUUGCUGAGGAAGAGCAGAAAGUCGGUCGUACAGGCGCUGUAGUCGACUGGGGUGACCCGAAGCGCGGAUUCGGCUCUGCAGCUACAUGCACUGUAGCAUGUGAGAGCGAUGCCGACGUGGUUGCAGGGAUCGACCGUACGAUCAACGGCACUCGGGAUGACGAAGAGAAUGCUGAGCAUAUACCCGCUGGCGGCUGCGACUUUGUAUGGGCGCGUCUGAGAGAGCUCGAGGCCUUGCGCGGCUGGUGGACCCGCACGACUUCCGCGGACGCAGCAGCACGCCUCGCCUCAACCCUAGCCACCAACGGCGCCUCAGAAGGCGAAAACAUCAGCACCUCCUCCCUCGCCGAUGCCGUCUCACGCACCACAGCAUCAGUAAAAGCCAUCUACGACUCCCUACCCCCCAAAACCGCCUUCAUCGUCUACUCCGGCGGCGGCGACCCCACCGAAAUGCGUCGUCUGCAGAGUAUGCAACAACAAUACAAACGCGACUUCCAAACCAUGAAAUGGGAUGAAUUACCUAUCAAAUGGACGGAUGUGGAAGAGCAAGAACUCAAAAGGGCCGCUAUGAAGGCUAGAAGUGGUGUUGGGUUUGUGGUUUGUAAAUAGGGAAGGUACGAUGAGAAGAGGAAAGAGCGGGCUUUGCUGGGUGGCAGAGGGGUGAGAAAAGUAGCUGGUGUAACGCAAAGUUGCUUUCGAUGUUGAUGAAAAGUCCCAGUGAGAGUGGUGGAUUCUUGGCCUUUCUGUAGAGGUUGAGCGAGGUCUGGAUUCAUUUGUGCUUUGUUGAUAGUGAUAUUUCAGGGAUGACGGGACGCGGAGAAGCGACCUUUGCUGGCCUGUUCUACCUAUCACUGAUGUUUUCAUUCUUUGUCCAUACUGUUACCAAUCAUUCGAGGUAGCAAGAUGAGUGCGCAAACGCCCAAGCAACCCAAUCCACCAAGAAUGUGAUGACUUAUUACAAA